GGAAAUGCACAUGUUCUUCCAGCCUUCAAUGCGAACUUUGGGAUCACAAAUAAUAACAAAUGGACACUCGCUCUCAGUAUCUUUUAUGUUGGAUACUGCAAGUCAAGAAAUCUUUUAAAAGCAUCUACAGUUUCUGAUUCUUCUAUAUCCUCACCAGGUCUCUUGGAAAUGCCCGCGAACGUCCUCCAGAGACAAAUUGGUGCCAAUCGAUUUUUCUUUAUAUCCUUGACUUUCUGGGGUCUGGCGUCACUCUCCUUCGUGUAUGCGAAGGGGUAUCCAGCAUUAUUGGCCCUGCGUAUUUUACUUGGAAUUGGGGAGGCUGGCUAUUAUGCCGGCAUGAUUUAUUACCUGUCGUUCUGGUAUAGAAGGUGCACCAGGCUGUAA